UCCUUCCAAGAGUGUUCAUGUCCCAAAACAAAAGAUAAUGGAAAAUAUCGAGGAUAAAGCGAAGCUGCUGGCAGCAUAUCGUAUACUCAAUAAACAGCUGGCGGAAAGCAACACCCAACUGAAAAGAGGUUUGGCCACAUCAGAAUUGCGUAUUAACGAAAUAAACUGUUUGGUGCUGCAAACUCGGAAAGAGAAUCAAUUCCUGCGGAGUGCUACGAGAAAAUUAAAGGAACAGCUACAGAUGAUCACACGGGUUAUGCGGACGGUGGAGAACUAUGCCGAAACAAUCACCAGCAGAAUUAAUCAUCAGGAUCAGGAGCAAGAAGGCUAUGAGCAGCUGCGCCAACCUGUAGCACCGGCUGUGUACGAAAGGAAGCGUGCGGCACAACUCGAUUUCGUAGAUGAUGCUGUCAUACAGGAAGAGGAGCCGGAAGGGCAUGAAAACGAUGCUUCUAACCCUCACGACCGCAGCUCAAAUCCAGUGACUCGGAGUGGCUAUUAUGACGACGUUGCAGUCCAUGAGGAUGAAGAUACAAUCCACGAAGCAGUGGAAGAAGGCGAGAAGCCGGAUGAGCAGGACGAGGAGGACGAGGAGGAUGAGGAUGAGGAGGAAGAGGAGGAGGAUGAAGAUGGUGAUGACGAGGAUAGUGAGCCCAAUGUGACCAUUGAACUACCGGCAGCGUACGCUCAUCUCGCUGCCCAGAGUCCGUUAGUGCUCCGCCUGAAGCGCAAGUCUAGAAGGGGCAGUUUCAACGAAUCAUUUGAAACCAUUGAUCGCGACCGUGUGUUCAAGCUAAGUCGUCAUAGCCAGAGUCAGCGCGAGAGUAACGCUGGAUUGUCUCCAAACCACAGUAACAACAACAAUGACGCCGAAAGCGAUCUAGAUACGCCCAGAACCGCGCUGUCGCAGAAACGAAACGAUAGCGAUAUGGACAUUGAUGAAUCUAUCAUCGAAGCGGUGCGCAAUAUAUCGGUUUUUCAGAAUGAAUCGAUCCUUUCGUUUGAAUCGACGAAGAGCAAGGGGUCCGCCAGCUUAACUCAAUCCUCUUGCGAGGACACCAGCAGCAACAGCCCCUCUAGCCAGAUUUCAAAUGUGAAAGAAACCAUCAGAAAAUAUGCGCUGCCGUUAGUAAAGCAACUGCAAACAACGACAACCGUAGGAAACAUUAGCGUUAUCGACACGACAGUGUUCAAUCCAGAAGAUGUGCGAGCCAACGCAACAUGCAGCACACCGGUAACGAAAGGUGUCGAGAUGGGAGGAGAAGCAAAGGACAUCAGGAAGCGGUUCGAGAUCAAGACAAAAAGUGAAACGGAUCUGCUUAAAAAUAGUUUGGCAAACGCGCCAAUGCAACCGGUGGUUGUACUACAACCUCUUACGGAAUACAAUCUCAAACAACACGAACUAUCGGGCCGACGCGAACGACGAAAUAUCAGUCGCAGUCGGGCAAUUACGAAGUAUUAUUACAAAGAAAAUGACUCGGAAAAUGAUGCAUCUUCGGAUACUAGGCGGCAGGGGGUCGUGUGUAAACUGGAACAGGCUUCCUCCACCGAAAAUCUGUCAGUGCAGUCGUAUGAAUCUGGGCGUCCCAGGCGAAAGGCGGCCCCGGUAGAUAUGCGCGAGCGUUCACUAAACAGCAAGCUGCGACGUCAGUAGGUACAGGGUAUCCAUGGCCCAUUAUUCUCUGUAUAGUGCUUGAUAGUUUUAAGACAACAGACAAAACCUGUAUUCUUACCCUUUGUUACUGAUUAGAAUUUUGUGAAGUUUCGGGCUAGACACAAAUAAAUAUUCGGACGAGUUGAUGUUUCAACGAUGGACGCAUCACUGAGUAUGCUUUUCGGACUGUACUGACGGUUGUAGCUCAAUUUCGGUGAGCAAAGAAAGUGUGUUU